AUGAAUAGUGGAGUGCUUCUAAGCGAAUCAGAGACUGAUACCAGCGAAACGAGCGAAAGACAAAGCGGAUUAUUAUCUGCCCAAGGUUCAAUAAAGGGUAAGCUAGAAGAGUUUAGUGCGAAGCUCGAUCGGCUCCGUUUGGACGACGAAAAUUCAGAGGAAGAGCAUGCCCUAAAAUCACAGUCAGUUUCCGUGAAUAGCGAAGGGAAUAUUAGCCGUAGUGCUAGUGCAAGUGCUAGUGCAAGUGCCAGCGCUAGUGCUAAACUAAGGAACUCCCAAUCGCCAGUGCAAGAGUAUACAUCUGAUACAAAUCCCGAAACUGACGCAAGCUUUAGAGUCAAAAUAAGACUACGGCCAAUUGGAUCUAUUCCCCAAAUCCAGCCCCGGGUUUGCCAGAUAUCCUCACACCAAAACUUCUCUGCCCUAGUUAAGUUUCUGUGCAAAAGGCUUAAACGAAACCACGUUCAUUGCUACAUAAACAACGCCUUUGCGCCUUCUUUGAACCAGACCAUUGGAGAUCUAUGGUCUCAGUUCAAGACCAACGACGAACUCAUAGUCAGCUACUGCGAAACAGUGGCCUUUGGUUAG